AUGAAGUUCACCACCCUUACCCUCCUUGCCGGAGUGGCCGCUUCCGUGUCUGCCGCAGCCCUGACGCCCAAGGCCGCGGCCUUGGAGAAGUUCAACCUCGAGGUAUCGUCCUGGGACUCACGACUGAACGGGAAAUCCAUUACGGCGAGCAACAACAAGCUCAAGGUGUCGCUGUCGGAUAGCACGGAGGAUGAAGGGUGCAACGGGCCAGCUACCCUGUUUGUCCAGUACCAGGCGCUGUUUUUGUACAACGGCGAUUACGAGUCCUUUCAGCAGGUUGCGGUCGACCGCUCCGAAGAUGGCCAGGACCAGCUGCAGUACUUCACCAACCUCCACGGCAAGCCUCAGCCCUUCCAGAUCAAGCCCUGGUCCGUCGACGAGUACAGCCGGAACCUCUUGUUUGGCGACGUCUUGUUAGGCCUCACCUCUUUCUGGGCAUGCCCGGACUCCAACAAUGAGGACACGCUCUCGAUCUACCUCGACUCGGGCUUCGGGGAACCGGCUGGCCAGCACGACUGUGUCAUUUUGCAGCUCAAGACCGUCCCUCAGGGCGCGCCGCAGGCCUGCGAGUAUAGCGAGUUUAACAACCACCCCUAG